ACGAAAUGUUAAUGUAUGUUCGAUGUCGCUGCAAUAUUUCCUAUCGUAUAAACAGGUACAUAUACUCGUAUGUGUAGGUAAAAUUGACUUGUGUUAGAAAGGAAAGAAGGCGCAAACUGUAAUUUCAAUUAACUCUACAUCAAUUUAAAUUACAAUCUUCGUAUAGAGAACAAAGUGUUAUCAAUAAGUGCAGCUCUAAUGUGACCUUCAAGCAACUAUUCAAGGUCAAAUUAAUGACACCAUCUUACGUCUUUUAUCUCAUCCAACUUUUGUCUCAAACAUUUGUUUCUAAAAUGCAGUUUUCGAAAAAUUUAGGGGUUUUCACACUUUUCCCUCACCCUGUAUAAUUUAUAUAACGCCAAAAAAAAGUAUGCCAUUUGAUUUAACUGUCCUGUGUAUCUUUCAUUUCUAAAUUUCCUUUUCGUCGCAACAAUUUCGCUCGUGGAGCUUUACAAAUCCACGAGCGUUUCGUUAACAUCCUUCGACAAAUAGCUGUGACGGCUCGCGUUCGACUUUGUGUAAACAAUGUAUUCAUUUACAUUCAUCUGCACAGAUCUUUAUAUUACCAUGCAAAUGUGUAUGGAGAAAAAAAAAAGUGAACCGAUAUUAGAUUGGCAUUUCGUUUCAUACAUUGCGAAUACUUCACGCAGCGACUAUACACAAUGAUAAUAAGGGUACGUGUAGUUCCACUCUUAAUCUAUUAUUUGAACAAUAUACCCUUAGCCUUAGCUUUGUCGCAAAAACCGAACUUGUUAAACAAGCAUGAAUUACGAAAACAGAUUAAUACAUUGUCUAAUGGCAAGCACGGUGACAAAAUGUUUCUGAAUGUCGACGAAUCUGAAUACCCGAGAGCUAACAAGACCCUAAGACGUGUACACAAGCAACAGUGGCUGGAUUAUUACAAGUGUUUGGAGAGGACGUAUGCGGACGCGAGGCACGACAGAAUCACCUAUCCGAACGCGCUCGUAGCGCUCGAGGGAACGUCCGUGACCUUAGAAUGCCGAAUCUGCAUCUCGCCGAUGGAGAUACGCGUGACUUCUCUAACAGAAUGGUACUUCGGUAGCAGCAACAGCAGCGGUGAAAGUAAUAGCGCUAAAAGUACACUGUGGAACACGGACUAUCGCAUUCUUAAUUCACCAGACAACCGAUAUGUCACCAUGUACAAUGUCAAGUUGGAGCAAGCAGGAACGUAUUGGUGUGAAGUAGGAGACACCAUAGGAUCAGUUUACUACUUGCACAUUGACAGCGAUUUGAAAACGGUAAAUGUACAGCCACCGGAUAGCGCGGUGAUGGUGGAAAAUGUGCCGGAGUACAAGCUGAGGGUUCACACCGCUUGGACAACGUGGAGUCCCUGCUCCACGUGCGACGCGGUCGGGAUAAAGCUGCGAUACGGUUACUGCACCGUCUCCCUCUUGGAAAUGUCAGAGCACAGAUAUCUCGCUAACGAAAGCACACCGACAACGAAUCAGCAUACGAAGCCGCGACGUAUGAAGCGAGCCGGUGAACGGAAUCGUGCGCGCAGAGGCGUGAUGCAGGCAGACGUGGACGUGACAAAUACAACUUUGAGCAUUCAAUUGAGAACGGUACUAAUGUUGUUUAGAAACAAACUACCGUGCAAAUCGAGACUUCUUCCGGAACAAGUUCGACAAAUUCCCGGUAUUAAGGAGAGAAAAACUGCAAUAAUGAGUCGAUACUGCAAGAAAACAUGUGAGAGAAAUAUUAUAUUCCAAGUGCGCGAUGAAAAGGGCAAUGUUCUGGAAAGUGCAAACAAUAGCGCUGGUAUAUUUUCCAUGAUUCAAGGAAUACCCGAAGCACUGCCAUCGAUUGCACGUAGCGUAAUUUAUGAAAAACACAAUAAAAAGAUGAAGCUCGUUUGUCCAGGAAAUUUGAACGCGGAUACUCCAAUUGUUUGGCGAAUCGAUGACAAAGCGAUAAUACCAUCUCACAUUAAAUUGCAAUCGAAUGGAAGAAUUCGUAUUAAUCCUCAGAUGCAAAUACUAUUUGAACCUUUAAAGUUUGAGGAUGCUAAUACAUACAGCUGUUGGCAGAAUAACGAAGUUGCUGGAAUAAUAAAGCUGAAUGUGAUUGGAGAGAUGGAGUUCAGGCUGAGUCACCAUGUUAUCUUAAUUGGUGCCGCCGUUAUAAUUAGCGUAGUUCUGAUAACGUUUUGGAGGGCAUUCAAGGGACGUACGCGAUACACGAUGCAUUGAUAAGUUCGUAAACGCUGACGUGUAAGUUGAAUCGUUCGGCUCGUCAGCGACAGUUUGUAAAAUAACAAUUUACUCGGAACGGAGAAUGAUAAACUCGCUCAAGU